AUGCUUCUUGAGGGUCUGGUGGUCAGAACAGACGCAUACAAUCCACACGCAUGCAUCCUAAAAUGUCGCAUCGAAGAAUUUGGCUCAGGCGACUCGAAAGAGCUACAACUCAAAGGUCAUUGGGCAGAGGAGCUGGCUUCUCUGCUCAAGCAUGCCAGGGAUGUCACAGCAAUCGUCAAAUUGGAGUUUGACGCGAUCUGGCAACCCGCUCGAGGCCAGCAGGUCGAUGAAGAACAGCACAAAGGGCUGUGGCACAUCGAUAAUGGCUGUGCGCUGCGAUACAUGAGCCCGACGACAGCCCAGUCAUGUUCGCGACUUAUAGAUAUAGAUCUACGGCAAAAGGCGACCGAUGAGAGGCUAGCGAGACAUAGGAAAUCAGGAAAGAAAGGCAAGACUGCUCCGCUUUCGCCUCAUAAAGCAGGCAAGCAGCUUGCUCGAUCUGACAGUAGCUCUUCGAGCACCAGCAUGGUCUCCGUAGGCUCCGGUUCGCCUCUGAAUGUCGAAACAAUGUCCAAUAGAGCCAAAAAGCAAGCAAGAAGAGCCGCCAAUGGUCCGGCCACGGCGGCGGCUUCAAGCGCAAACUCCUUCACAGCAGCAAAUGAUGUCGAAAGCGAGGCUAGACGUGAGCCUUUGAUGGCCGUAUCACUCAAUCGAUCUGCGAACACGAGCUCUGUCGAUGCAAUGCCAGGUGGCGAUGGCGCUAGUAGCACAAAGCCGACGUCGCCGGCGGCUGUCAUGCCUAGCCUGACGCCAUCGUCGAAGGACCUACAGUCGGAGCCAGCGCAGCGAAAAGAAGCGCUAUUUUUGCGAACGCCCGAGGAGGACGCAAUACUGAAUGAGACGAUGAGCGAGUAUUAUAGCGAGCAUUCGCCAAGCUCUUUACACACGCCCAGAAGUCUCAGAUGUGCUCGUGUCCCGUCAUCGGACCGCACACCUUCAAUAUUGAUUUCGCCUGUCCGUGUGCUCUUCCCCAAGCCAAAACUAGAGCCCAGCGAGCCUGUCGAUAUUCAGCGAUUAGUGCUUGUGCGAGACCUCAAGCCAUCCAAGCCUAGCAAUGUCAUUUUGAGCUCUGUCAUCGUUCACGUGCUCUCCGUAAGAACGAAAGCUCAGCCAGAGACUAAUCAGGCGACACUCAUUCAGGCGACCGAUUACACUAGCAAUGAGCGCCUUCCUGAGCAAUUCGAAACGCGUGCCGGAGGCCGCCAUGUCCUACAAGUCAGCUUCUGGGAUGGCCAGCAUACACUGAUACAGUCGAUGUGCCCUAAACAGGGCAUGUUUCUCGAGAUCAACUCGGCCCCCUUUGCGUGUUCGCCGAAACUCGAGAUUUGGGAGCUCAAGUGCAACAGCAAGUACGGAUCUUUUCGUAUCGUACCGCCAAGCGAAGCUCGCCUCGAACCGAUCAAAGAACGCGAGAUCGCGUUCAACGAUCACAAGUUAUCCGAAAUCCUUACAAGCAACGGCAAACGCAAAAGAGAUUCUCGCGAAGAUGCCCAUAAACCGAGCAAACAAUCUCGAGAUGUGCCACCAUCGUCUACUCAAACGACAUCGACCGCGACAGACCAGAAACGCGAGACUUCUCCGAUGAGCAGCAUCACUCAUCUUGCUCAACUCGUUGUCUCGAUCAGAGACAUGAUGCUUUACCAGCGACAGACGAUAGUUGUCCAGGUUGUCAGUCCCGAUGCGACUCGGGGUCUCUUCUGGCGUAUACGGGCGACGGAUUACACCGAGUGUUGCGAUCUAGAAGACUAUAGAGUAGGCCCCGUGCUAGGCAAGCGUAUCGUGGCGCUCUCGAUCCAUAGAGACGAGCAACAGCACAUCUCCGAUGUAAAGCCAGGCGACUAUCUACUCAUCACGGGAGGCUACCCGAAAUGGGAUAAAGCGAGUCCGAGAGGCCUCGAAAUCAAGGUAUCCCAGCUCAAAGACGCACUGUCCUGCGCGCCAUGCAUCGAGAUCAUUGACGAGAAUCAUCCUGCGCUCGCCAACCUACACAAAAGCCGGACAGCAUAUGAGCACGAUCACAAACCUGUCCAAUUUCCCAAGAGUGAUCCGCCAGAUGGUCCCGAACUGCAGAUCAGACUCAAGGCGGCCACCCAGCCGGCCCAGGCGGCACAAGGCACGACGGUGCGGGCGGAAAGGCUUCGGCUUAUCGAGACGAUGGUUGAGAAGAGCUUCUACGACGUUGUUGGCGAGAUUACAAACGUCUACCCGCAAGAGAAGGGGCGACCCUUUGAAGUCAGAAUCACCGAUUACACAGAGAAUCCACGUGUCAACUCGGAUGGUCACGUCGGCACAAUCAAGGUCGCCAUCUGGGACGCUUGUGGGGAUCUUUUACGCGAGCAAAAGCUUCACCGCGGCACAUUCAUCUACUUUCGCAAUGGACACGCUCGACUCGAUCGCAGCGGGGACCUAGUACUAGACGUGCGCGACAAUGAUCGCAACCAGAGAACCCGGCUCGAACGCUUCUGCAAAACGAUGGAGCCCGAUGAUCAGCUCUUGACCGAUCUACUUGCGCGAAAGCAAAAGCAUGACAGAGAUCCCGAAACUGGCCGCGAUGGCGGUGCACGCCUCGAAGCUCCCAAGCCAGCCUUGACUGUCUGCACUUUGUCAAGCAAGACGGUUGCGAAGAUCAGUGCCAUUCUGGCAGAGCAACCGACCGCCCAGCGCUUUCAUGUGCGCGCACGUCUGCGUGACAUACCACCGGCCACAGACUGGCUAAAGCUACGCAACGGCAAGCUCAGAUGGGAAUUUGUCAUUCUUAUUGAGGACGAGAGUGCACAAGAGAUGGAUGACAUUGACGCAGUUCGCGAAAGACUCUACGUGGAUGUCCGAGGCGAGGCUGCCACCACAUUCUUAGGCUACCUGAAACCUCCUGACGUCGAUGAUCGCGAUGCUUACCGCGCGAGAUUGGAGAUAGCGAAAGCCCGCAUCAGGAAGAUCUCUGGAAGUAUCGCUCUUCACAGCAGUCGUCAUACUCAUCCGACGGAUCUCAAGAAUCUCGGCGGCGCAUUUGCAAUAGGCAUUGAUCGCGUUGUUUGCGGUGAAGGCAAAGCUCGAUACUUACUGACAGACACUGAACUGAAAGCGUGA